CGCAGCAGCAGCACGGACACAAGCAGAGGCCGUAGGAAGACAACGGCCCAACACGAGCGAGAUAAUUAUCGUCUACCCGAUCCGCCCCCAACCUUCCCUUCUCCAACAGAGCAACCAUCACAGCGGCGAGCAUCACGCUGGGACGGGAUGGGAAGCGCGGGGGCGCUGCUCUCGCACCCGCUGCCACAGCUUCACCCUGGCGGCGUCCUCAUCAGCCAGAGCCGGCCUCUCCACAGCGCGCGCAACCUGCCCCUAUUAUCUCUCGCUGCCGCGGCGCCUGGACUCCAGCGCGGCCGCUGCCGCCGCCUCUGCUGCGCUUCUGUCAACGGGGAAGGCGGACAACGGGAGGCGGGGCCACCACCGCAGAUGGAGAAGUCUCCAUCCAGCGGUCUCGGCGCCGCACUCGAGGACCCGCCUCCAGGACCUCCAGUGGAAAAUGGUUCCUUUGGAGGCCUCUCACAAGAACAAGAACAGAGUCCUCUGUAUAAUUUUCUUUAUCCAAGCAAAGAGUUACUUCCUGAUGACAAGGAGAUGAGUAUAUUUGAUCAUCUAGAGGAGCUUCGCGAGAGGAUAUUUAUCUCAGUUUUGGCUGUUGGAGCUGCAAUACUUGGCUGUUUUGCUUUCUCGAAAGAUUUGAUUCUGCUUCUAGAGGCACCAGUGACUGUUCAGGGUGUUCGUUUUUUGCAGCUCUCUCCUGGGGAAUUUUUCUUUACAACAUUAAAGGUCUCGGGUUAUUGUGGCCUUUUACUUGGAAGUCCUAUCAUUUUGUAUGAGAUCAUUGCAUUUGUUCUCCCAGGUUUAACAAGGGAUGAGCGGAAAUUCCUAGGGCCUAUUGUUUUGGGUUCUUCUGUUCUAUUCUACCUUGGCAUUUUCUUCUCCUACACAGUUCUUAGCCCUGCUGCAUUGAACUUCUUCGUGAACUAUGCAGAUGGGGCAGUGGAAUCAUUGUGGUCAAUAGACCAGUACUUUGAAUUCAUACUUGUGCUUAUGUUCAGCACAGGAUUAUCCUUUCAGGUACCAGUUAUCCAGCUAUUGCUGGGGCAAGUUGGAUUGGUUUCUGGAGAUCAAAUGCUUUCAAUCUGGAGAUAUGUUGUUGUUGGUGCCGUUGUUGCUGCUGCCGUGCUUACACCCUCAACAGAUCCAUUGACACAGAUGCUGUUGGCAGGUCCUCUGCUAGGUUUGUACUUGGGUGGUGCAUGGAUGGUCAAGCUAAUUGGGCGAUAAGUGGUCCAUGUAUGUUAGAGGAUUGUUGUUCAUGAGUGUAGCUGCAUCAUAGAUGAGGUGGUUCUGCAGAAAGCAAGAGUCCCCACCCCGCCAUAGUCACUGACAGUGACAUAUAGGGGAUUUAGGGUUUAACCAGUGGCAUGUGAGGGAUUUCUCCUUGUAUUAUUAAAAAUGAUUGGACCCUCUUGGCUCUCCAGAUCAUUAUGUUGCCAUUUCAGUUUCUAAAGUUCAAGAGCAUCAGAAAAUGGAGUUAAUUA